AUGGCCCGCUCCCUCGUCGCCCUGACCGCCAUCCUGGCAGUCGCCAGCUGCAUCGCCAGCUCGGAAGCGGCCGCGACCGCGCCGCAGACCGUCGCAUUUCUCCACAACGUCACCACACAGACCCAGCAGCUCCAGCCCACUGCAGACUCGAUCACCCUGCAGACCGGGGUACUCCUCGUCAUUGGCCAGGGCCCCUACCGCGAUAUUAUCGUCGGCCUUACCAACAUCAUUCAAACGGAGACUGAUUUCUUGCUAUCUAACAAAACAGAAAAGCCCAGCUCUGAUAGUUGCCCCGCGUCUCUCCCUUAUGCAGCAAAAGCUCCGGGGACGGGCACCCUCCCCGCUGCCGACCAGACCAGCAUCUACAACGCGUUCCGCGACUUCGUCCGCGUGCAACAGACACUGCUCAACACGCUCAUCAACAGAGCGGCGCUCUUCAAGACUGCGCCCUUCAUUGGCGAGCCCAUGGUUACGGUGCUCACCCAAUCGCAAAACUCGUUCGACAGGCUCGCAUUCUCGCUGAUCGACCUGUGCCCAACUAAGGCGACGGACUUGCGAGUUCUGGCAGGUGGCCUGAGCGGGACCUAUAAAUCGGCGAUUGAAAAUUACGCAGGGCUUAGUCUCGGCGGUAACCGCAAGCUGCUUAACGUGGCGGCCUAG